UCCCAUUGGAUUUGCUCGUUUUGUGGUUUUGGGGAUCCCAAACCCCCUUUUUGCAGCAGGAAGCAGCUGGCUCGGGUAAAUCCCCUUCAGUGGUGCCCGGGCUGGGAUUUGCCUGGGAGAACAGCUUCCCUUCUUUAGGAUGGAUCUUGCACAGACCAGACUGGGAAAACCCCUUUGGGGGAGGGAGGGGAAGGCAGCGGAGCUUUCCCACUGCAGGAGCGGAUUCCUGGGGAGCAGCGUGCCCUAAACCCUGCAGCGACCCCAAAACGGGGGAAUGGGGCCGCCCCCCUCGGCCGGGGCCACGGCAGAGCCUCGGGAGAGGCCGGGAAACUGCAGGAGGCAAAGGAAGAUUUCAGCUAGAAAAGCAGCACAGGGCUUCGAGGGCUCCUGGAGGGGGGAAUUCCACGCGCAGAGAGGUUGGSAAUGUCGCCUGUUAAACGCUCACGAGGUAAAUCGGGCGGCUCUGCCUCUCCUCGAGGGUUUCCAUCCCUCCUUCAGCUCCUGCCGGUGGCCGAGAGGCUCCAGCGCGUUUGCUCGGCGCCUGGAAGAGGAGCCAAGGCCGGGAGCGAUGGAGGGGGAGCAGUGAUGGAGCGUCCCUGGCGGAAAAUCGCAAGGCAUUCAGUUUUUGAGUUCUUCCCCUCGCUCCUAACGUCGUGUCUCACACAUUCCAGGCUGUCCCGCUCGCAGGGAGCGUUUGCCAUGGACACUGGGCACGUAAGCAGAUCCCGCUUCAGUGUGGCCUCCAGCCCGCCGCGGUGGGAGAUCGGGCUCUACGCCGCCGGCGCCUUGGCGCUGCUGGGAAUCGCAGCCRUCAACCUGUGGAAGCUCUGGCGCUCCGGGAGCUACCCGGCCCCUUCCCCCUUCCCAAAUUAUGACUACCGGUACCUGGAGCAGAAGUACGGAGCGGCGUGUCCGGACAUCAGGAACAAGCGAGGGCUGGCCCCGGGCUCGCAGCGGACGCCUGCUCGGAGCUCUUCAUCCCGCAAGAGCAGCCUGAGRGCGGAGGACACCUCGGAGAGCAUCCAGGAGCUGGGCAGCCUGGAGCUGAUGGGCAGAGAGCUGGGCCUGRCCCAUUACGGCCCCCUGCGGAAAUCCAUCUCGGCAGACUCCCUCAACUCCAUCUCGUCCAUCGGCAACAACUUCGGGCAGGAUUUCACGGUGGGGCAGGUGGAGGUGUCCAUGGAGUACGACGGGAGGGCGGCCGCCCUGCACGUCACGCUGCUGCAGGGCAAGGACCUGCUGGAGAAGGAGGACGCGCGCUUCGAGUCGUGCUUCAUGCGGAUCAGCCUCCUCCCGGCCGAGCAGAUCGUCGGCAUCUCCCGGAUCCAGCGCAGCUCCUACUCCGUGGCCUUCGACGAGCGUUUCUCGGUGCCGCUGGACCCGGUGGCUCUGGAGGAGAACAGCCUGCGUUUCUCCGUCUUUGGUGUGGACGAGGACGAGCGCAGCGUCAGCACCGGCGUGGCCGAGCUCAAGCUCUCCGACCUGGAGCUGGCCACUCGCCCCUUCAACGCCUGGCUCUACCUGCAGGACACCAACAAGGCGGUGGACACGGUGGGGGAGAUCCUGCUGUCCCUGAGCUACCUGCCCACAGCCGAGCGGCUCACCGUGGUGGUGGUCAAAGCCAGGAACCUCGUGUGGAGCAAYGGGAAGGUGACUGCAGAUCCCUUCGUCAAGGUGUACCUGCUGCAGGACGGGAGGAAGAUCAGCAAGAAGAAGACGGUGGUGAAGAGGGGAGACACCAACCCCGUGUUCAACGAGGCCAUGAUCUUCUCYGUGCCCGCCAUCGUGCUCCAGGAGCUGUCCCUGCGUGUGACGGUGGCCGAGAGCGGCGAGGACGGGCGCGGGGACAACACGGGCCAUGUGCUGAUCGGGCCGGCRGCCAGCGGCAUGGGCACCACGCACUGGAACCAGAUGCUGGCCACGCUSCGCAAGCCCGUCUCCAUGUGGCACCCGCUGCGCAGGAAUUAGGGCGCUGCCAUCCCCACGCCGGGGACAGCGGGACUGGAGCAGGGACUCGGUGGCACCCACGAGGCUGAGCUGCCCGAGGCGCCCGGAGCACGGACGGAGCAGCUCCAGGGGCGCACCCCGGGUCACCCCCACACCCGGGAAGGAGCCCAGAUGGACCGAAACCAUGGGAACCUCCCCAAAGCCCCGAGUGUCCCGUGUGCUCCCAGCGGCCUCGAAAUCCUCGGAUGUGGACUCUGGGCAAGGGAGAGGGGGGGAUUCCUUUGGAAGUGGUUUUUUGAGCAGGAAUGCUGAGGGGGUGAUGAAUGCCAGCACGGUGUGGGAGGUGAUCCUGGGGGGUUUUUUUGUAGGGAUUUUGGUGCGCUGUGCCAGCUCUGGGAUGUUUCCAUUGAGGAUGGAACAAGGGAGCAAUAACAGCAGGAAAUCGGUUAUUGUUACAUACAGCUUCUCCUUCCUUCGGUUUCCCCACAGUCAAUCCCUGCUCAGCUCCACUGGCUGGGCUUGGUUUCCAACCUCUUGGGUUUGAGGUCAGAUCCAUGCUGGGAAUCAUCCCCUAAAGGCCCAGUAGGAUCAGGGGCAGCUUUUCCCAGCCCAGCCACUUUCCAAUCCAAACUCAUCCUCAGGGUGCUCAGGACAGCAUGGCAAAUUCCUGCUCUUUAACACAACUCACAACUGGGAUUGUUUUUCCAGCCCCUAGUCCUGAACUUGGGCUUUGACUUACCCUAGAACUCAUUUUCCCCAAGAUUGAGAGGAACAUUUUGGCCUUGUGACCAAAGGCAACAAAGGUGUGAGCACUCAUUUUUGUCAUUUUUAAGG